AUGCUUCCAUCACCCCAGAUUUCUGAUCAGGAAUUGAACGAAAUUGCAAAGUUGGGUUAUCCUAGUGACCUUACAGGGAGUCAGGAACUUGCUGAAGAGAACACCACACCAGCUGGUAAAGGAGAUGCUAUUAUGAUGGAAGCUGAGAAUCUGGCCAGGUUGAGGGAGUCUCAAACACCAUUGUUAGGUGGAGAGAACCCAGAGUUGCAUCCUUCAGAUUUUUCGGGUGUCACCCUUAAGAAAAAGGAUAUUCAGACUCCAAAUCCAUUGUUAGGUGGAGAGAACCCAGAGUUCCAUCCUUCAGAUUUUUCGGGUGUCACCCUUAAGAACAAGGAUAUUCAGACUCCAAAUCCAAUGCUGACUCCUUCUGCAACUCCUGGAGGUGCAGGUCUCACUCCUAGAAUUGGCAUGACACCAGCAAGAGAUAGUUUUUCUUUAAGCAUGACACCAAAGGGAACACCUCCUAGGGAUGAGCUACAUAUUAAUGAGGACAUGAAUAUGCAUGACAGCUCUAAACUUGAGCUACAGAGACAGGCUGAUAUGAAGAAGUCUGUGAUCUGGUUUAGGAAGCCUUCCACAGCCCAAAAAUGA